AUGGAGACAGAUGAAUAUCAUCAAGGCUUUUUGAAGGGCUGUGACUUGGAGACGAUGCUGAUCGGGCUGAACUCCUUCACUGCUGUAGUUGGGGUGGCAGGAAAUGCAGUUGUGCUUCGGCUCCUGGGAUUCCACAUUCCCAGGAAUGCUAUGUCAGCCUACAUCUUUAACUUGGCGGUAGUUGACUUCAUCAUCCUCUGCUUCCACUGUCUUCACUUACUGAAUGGAAAUGCCUCAUUCCAUUUAUCUGACUUGUUUCUCUUAAAAUCUUUAAUCUUAGCAAUAACCAUUUCCUAUAUGCUACGCAUGGGCAUACUCAGCGCCAUUAACUUGGAGCACUGCCUGUCUAUCCUGUGUCCCAUCUGGUACCGCUGCCAAAGGCCAAAAUACACAUCAUGCAUCACAUGUUUGCUCAUCUGGGCCAUGACCAUGGCAUUGAGCAUUCUGCAGUGGCACAUCUGUAGCAUGAUACAUGAACCAAAUGCAUAUGAUACUUGUCAUUUACAUGGUUUUUCCAUUACAAUAUUCGUGAUUGUUUUAUUUGCGAUUCUCGUUGGGUCCUUUGUGGUCCUGCAGGUUGUAAUAUUUUGUGGUUCAGAUCAAGUGAGAGUAACCAGGCUGUAUGUGACCAUCUUGCUCACAGUGCUGGUCUUCUUCUUGUGUGGUAUGCCCUUUUAUAUCCACCAGUUCCUAUUACUCUGGAUUCCAGUUGAUAACAAAUACCACUGUUAUUAUCUUCAGCUUUUUGUUGUCCUGUCCUGUAUUAACAGCUCUGCCAAUCCUAUCAUUUACUUCUUCAUUGGCCUCUUUAGGCAGCAGCCAAAGAAUCAGAGCCUCAAGUUGGUUCUUCAGAGGGCUCUGCAGGACACCCCUGAGGAGAUUGGGCAAAGAGGUAGCCUUCAUCAGGAGACCCUGGAAAUGUCAGGCAUCAGAGUAGAGCAGGGAUGA